AUGGUGGCUGCCAGCAUUGGUAAUGAAGGCAUCAGUAGCUACAGCGCUGAAGGCUUCUCCAACGCAAAUCCCAGUGUGGUGUCUUCAGAGGUGACGGGACAGAACACUGUCUUGCAAGAGCAAGGAGGACAAACAGACUCUAAUCUCUUAGAGCAGGCUGCAGAAGCAAGAGAGAGAAGUCUGCCUAGCUCCACGCCUUUCGCAGACUGUGCCAAAGAACAUGUCACAGCGGAUCUUACAAGCAGCGACAAUGACAAGUUACCAACCUCAGGUUGCAACGAAGCGGUGCCAUCACCAGGCCCAGCGCCUGACAAAGAAGAAGGAAUAGCACAUGAUGGAACUGCGGAUGGAAAACGCAACAAUAUUGCUGUCACUUCUGUGAAAAGCAGGGAGAACGAUCCCGGACACCCAAGCCUGGAGCCCAGCCCUCCUGCAGCAAUCACAGAAACGCGAGGAGUCGAACAAAUGAGUUUGGGUGAAUUAGGAUUGCUCUGGAGGAGUGAGCAGCUGGGUGGCAUGAGGGAACCACAUGUCAGCACGUUUCCCCAGGGUAAAGAAGCAGGAGAUUAUUUUACCACUCAGGAGGCCAGGCAGGAGCAAGGAGUUUUGGAAGUAGGUCAGCUGCAGCCGGUAAUGCAGCAAGGUAGACAGAACACAGAUGGUGGAGAGGGUCUGCUAAUGAAAAAGGAAGCCUUAAUCCUAAAUUAUCCAGCAACAGGAGUCUCAGACAGUGAGAAAUUUGGAGCGACUGUGAAUGCUCAGGUCUUAGCUGAGAUGAGCGAGGUCUCUAAUCUACAGAUGGGGGCUGUAACAACAGCAAAAGGGGAUGAGGCAAAUCUGUCUCUAUCUGGAAGCAAAAGGGAGCAAUCAGAAGCCUGUACUUUAAUGUCAGAGUUGGCUUCUAACCCUCCAAAUCUCUUCCUGGUACCAAAGCUUGAAGAGCCUUUGAGAGAAUAUGUGCUUGGAAAUGACUCUCAAGAUUCAAUGAGGAGUGAAACACUGAAAGCAGCCUCUGAAAAAACUGAGCCCGUUUUUCAAAGAGAGCUUCAAAAGGAGGAUGAGCUUGUUAGUGCCAAGCAUUUCAGUAUGCCUUUAUCGUUUAAGAAAAGGGAAGAACAAAAAUCAGCUGUCACAACCAAAAGCCCAAAAGAUGAAGCCAGUAGCGAUGAAAUUAUAAAAGCUGAUGAUGUGUCUAGAGAAAGCACCCCACUUUCUGAAAUGGAAAGCAUUAUCAAUCCCACCAAGGAAAAUUCCCUAGCAGAUAAAAGAUUAUUACUGGAGGAAUAUGCAUUAAGUACUUCUCUGAGCAGAUCCACAGAGCUGAAUCAAAAAGAAACUGAGGCAGACAUAACACAAGAAGGAAACAAAAUCGGAACAGAGGAGGCCCAAGUGACAGAAACCAGAGAAUUAGCUGAGGGGUCAAAUAGGGCAGAAAAACAACUGUUGAACUCUGUUAGUAGCCACCACCAAGACACGGAAAAUACCCACUUGGGACUCCAUCCUGAAGAAUUCAGUCUUUGUGACAAUACUUCACCAGGUGACCUAGGGGAAGAAGCUGUGGGAAAGCCUCCGAAUUUAGACAGUAACUUUAAAUUGCCUCAAGACAAUUCACGCUCUCUUGGUUACAAACCUGAACAAAUGAAUAAAGAGAAAACAGCUGCCAAAGAUGACCCAGAGAAUAAGCUCCUGGCUUCAUCACAAUUUCCAAGGGAGGAAUGCCCACUGAGUUUUGAUUGCUUUAACACUGAGGCAGAAGACAAAACUUCAGGCCAGCCAGGCUGUAAUGGGACUAAAAAGGUUUGUUUAGCUGGUACACACAGUUCAUCGCUCCUCUACUCAGAGAACAAUAAUAUUAAGCAGAGUAAGCAGGAUGAGUCCUGGGAAAAGGCUUUUGCUGGAGAAACCGUGUUGGAAUCUGAAUGCAAAACUGAGAGUCAAGAAAAGCCUGAGAGCUGUAGCAAGUUAGAAGAAAGUGGAGAAAUGUCCAAAUCAAAACUUGAGCUCCAGGGCUUAAAGGAGCUGGCAGGGACUGUGGAUCGCAUGGCUGUACAAACUGAGGAGGCCUCCCGGGUUUUGGAAACCAAAGAACAGGUCAGUCACGUCACUGAAAUGUCUCACAGUGAUCCAGAGCAAGGACCUGCAGCUGCACAAAGCAGUGUCCCCGACAGUGAAGAAGAGGAGGGUAUUCAGCAUGAGAAGCACCAAACUACGGUGAAAAGUUUUGCAGACGACAAAGAUUUGGCACUGAAAAGUGAAUGGCAAUCGGAUGUGCUGAUGCAAGCUCAGCUGGAGCCAGCGGCUGCAGAAAGUCACAGAGAUGUGCAGAUGGCUUGUUCCGAAACCCCCCAAGCUGUAGCUGGUACUUCAGGACUCACUCCUCAGAAGGUUCACAUGGAGGAAGGGGAUGACAGCCCUGUCAGCGAAAACAGCUGCCCCUCUGAGAAUGACACAGGCAGCUCUUUGGAGACCCCGGAGUGCAGUAUCAGAGGGCUACAGGAACAUGCAGAUGUUCCAACUGCUCUUCCCCAAGCAGAGCAGACAGAGAAGUCGGUGCCUGCUGGUGACAGUGGCAGGAUUUCAGAUACAGGACAAGAGCAAGAGAAGCAGCAAAGCAGUCUGACAACUGUUGCAAGAGCAGGUGAUGAGGAACACAAAGAGAGGGCUCUAAAACCUGAACACUCACUGGACGCAAAUAACCACAGCAACAGACCAGAAAUGCCUCCAAACACUUCAAACAACCUCAAUAAAGACUCUCCUGUGCUAGGGACAGCGCCAAUCCAAUGCAACUCUGACACAGCAGAAGAAAAGGACGUGGAUAAAAGCAGCACCUUGGUGUCAGAGGAUUCGUGCAGCAGCAAACACGGGCAAAAUAUUUCUGGUGUGACCGGGCUUAAUUUGCAAGAUUGCAAUGAGCAAAACAAAACUGAUCUCAAGGCAGAAGAAAACUGCCGCAGUAAGCAAAAUUCAAACAAGCCCGAGCAGGAUAAUAAUUCUUUGAUCUCAGCUAGUCAGCAUGAAGCAGCAUGUCAUAGCGAUACGUUUUCUAAAGAAUCUGACAAGAAUGAACAGCCAGGCAGCACAUGCAGGAUAAAGGAUAAUACUGGUGAAAGCUGUGCUGCUGCUAUAAAUGCUCUUCCAGGGAUGCAGAAUACAGCAAGUGCCACUAACAUAUCACAGGCUUUGCCAAGUGAUACAGAAAUAGCACAUGCUUCUGAUAAUUCUGAGAAAAAUGAUCCUCGAAUAUCUCGUCCAGAAACUCAAGGGAAAAUGCCAUUAAUGGCAAAAAAAUUGGAAAAAAAUGAAGGUCUGACUGGUGAUGGGGAAAUCAUCCAGAAAGAUGGAAACACGGAGAUAAGCUGUGAGGACAGUGCUUCUGUCGCCGAAAUGAGCAACGUGAAAAGUGAUAAAAGAGCAGAGGCACGAGUAUCUCCUUCACCAUUACGGGCACACGGGGAAGUAAUUCCCACCGAUAAGUCAUACGAAUCCAGCUGCAUUCAAAAGACACCAGAUGAGCCUGGUUAUUGUCGAGCAGAUUUUACAGCCUCCUCUGCAUCGACCGCUGCACUCAGGCAUCCCAGCCAGCAACCUGGAAACAAUACGAACAAUGGUACCGGGGGGGAAUUAUUAAAUAACGAGUUGGAAGUUGUAGCAUGCCAAAAGGCCUUAGAAGGGAACUCUAAUUUGCAGAUUGCUGCAGGUUCUCAGGUGUCUGUGCGCUUAGGUCCUUCACCCAGGGUAAGCACAGAUAAAAAAUCAGAAAGUUCAGAAAACAGCUCUGCAGGGAACGUGUAUGUGAGUGAGAAAGAUGUCCCAGACCAAAGUUUUCAGGGGGAUGGAGAGAGAAGUUUAGUCCUGCCAGAGACUCUAGAUGUGGGGCAGAGUGCUGAAAACUUAUCACAGCUCAGUUCUGAGAAGCUGAAGAAAGAGAUAUCUGCAAUUAAAGCCAAAGAAACAAGAAGUGAGGUAAACUUCAAAGAGCAGCGAAGUGACAGUUCAGCAGAGUCUCUGUUAGCAAUCCCUGCUCUAGAAGGGAAGCUGCUGAGCCUUUCAUCUGUUGGUAAACAAGAAGGCUGUAAUGAGGAAAUUGCAGCCAAUAUCUGCGUAGAUGACAAGUGCGGUAAGAUCUUAGAGAAACCCGGGAAUUCAGAAAAAAUGGAAGAGCUUUCAAAAGAGAAUAAUAACAUAACCAGGGCAGAGAGCAGUAUUUCUGAGCAGUCUGCAGAGAACUCUGGAAGGGAGCAUGAGGCUCUGACUUGCAGCUCCCUGGACAUCAGCUCCAGCCUCCCAGACUUUAGGGAACAUAUCAGCCAGAUAUUUAAAAAAACUGUCCGCAGCACACUGAGUGCUGAAUUACCCCCACUUUUGCCCGAAAAUCAUGCAGCCUUCAAGCAGAGUCCAGUGGCCAAGGAUACAGCAGAGCCGUGCGGUUCUGAGAACUUCCCAGAAUCAAACAAGGCCGACAAAGCAGCUCCCCAGGGCACCUCAGAAGCAGAGGAGCGAGAGUUGUCUUUAGCUACUGAGGCUUCCUGCAAAGCUCCCAAGAACAAAACUCUGCAACAAGGAAUCGCAGUGGCAGAGCCGCCACCAGCAAGUCUCCAGGACACUGGGGAAAACAGGCAGCCCGGCAGCUCUUUAGACAUGGUCCCUAGACUGGAUGGCGCUACACCUGCUGAACGCGGGGUGGAAAAUCUGCAAAAGCCAGACGGAACCACUGCGCAUCCAGAGAGCGGUGAGAUGGAAAGAAAAGAAGGCGUGUGUGCGAGUGGCGUUGAUCCUGAAUUGCUAAUAAGCUUAGAGAUAAAAAAGCAAGGACCGGCUUCAUUUGAUGGGGCAGCAGCUGAGAACUUCCCCGCACAUCCUGACACUGUAGCUGUUAUCUCCACAGGCGAUGUACAGAAGAGUGACUUAGAAGAUGCUGCUACCGCAGAGGGAAAUAACUUAAUUACAGAGUGUAAUGCAGAACCAGUUUCAUCUGAAGAGGAUGUGAGUCUUCCUACUGAACAGUGCCAGGAUCUCAAGCCAAAUGAACAGGAGAAAAGUAAGUGCGGUGACCCAGACGUUGCCAAGAGCAUCUCUGACAUGGCAGCCUCAGCACUUGUCCCGGGAGGAUCUUACAAUCAUGAAAAAUUGCCAGGCAAUUUUAAUGUGUCACCUGGGGAAAAUCAGGAGACACACAUUUGCAGCAACUUUAUGCAUGACAUUAAGGCUCAGGAUGACAUGCAGAUGAUACAGGAUGAUCCAGUAAAUAGGCAACGCUUGGAAACAUUGGAAAAUUCGCAAGAUGCACAGCAAGAAAAGAAAGUGACCGUGCAUGGGUUAAUAGAGUACUUAAAAAAUGAAGUAAGCCAGGAUGAUUGCUUGCAAGCUGACUCCCAGCCAGACUCUAGCAAUAUGACUGAGGGAGAUGGGAAGGAGAGCAGUGACACAGUGUUAAGCACAGCAAAGACAGGUAACAAAAAAAAUGAAGACAUCCCUGAAACAGGUACUGCAAGGAUGUUAGUCACUGGUGAAGGUGACUUAGCUACAAACAUGAGCACUGAAGAGCAGGAGACAGACCUCUACAAAAAUCACUCCCCAAGCGUUCCUGCGAUGGAGCAGGGUGAGCGUUCUGCCUCUACAGAGCUCACUCUUACUGAAAAUCAGCCGAGCAAGAGGAAUUCGGAACAUGAAAGCUCACUUCAGGAUGCCAAAAGGAAGCUAUCACCGCUUGCAUUAGCUGAGCCUAAGAACCUUGACCUCAAUGAGAUUCAAGACGUGGCUGUGGGAGGAUUGCCUACUGAAAG